GAGCAACUAUUCGUGCGAGUCGGACGGAGUCGGUCGGCAAUUUUUUUUGGUCACUCCCGAUUAAAGCCUGUGCCUUUUUGCCUUUGUCUUUGUUUUCGUUUUUUAUAUCCAUUUUUUUUAUUAAUUUUUGUUGUUGUUUAUCGUGACACUUGUCGCUGAACAUUUACGAGCAUCGCGCGUUGUGUCCAAAUUAUUGAAUUUGUGUUGCAAAGUUGCAAUAAAAAAGCCAAGCCGGCAGAAAUUCACUGUCAGUUGAGUUGCAGCAACAGCCGCCACAGCAAAGCAGAGCAAAGCAAAGCGAAGCAGAAGCGACCCAGAAGUAGCCGCAGCAUCCCAUUCAGCCAGCAACAUGUCAGACGGCAUUGAAGUUGAACAAAUUGUGGAGAGCAAACCGAGAAGGAUGCCGCUGGCGACUUCGCUGGACAAGGACGCCAUACGGGAGGCCUAUGAGGAUGUCCGCUCCGAUCUGACAGAUACCGAGUGGGCUGUCUUUAAGUUCGAUGGCGCGCAGAUAAUUGUGCAUGGGCGUGGCCAGUGCUUCGAGCAGUUCCGCGAGCAGUUCGGGGACUCGGAGCGCGCCUUCGGCUACAUACGCAUACAAAUGGGCGAUGAGAUGUCCAAGCGCAAGAAGUUCAUCUUUCUAACGUGGAUUGGCCAGGAGGUGGGCGUCAUACAACGCGCCAAAAUGUCAACGGACAAGGCGCUCAUCAAGGAUGUGCUCAACAACUUUGCCGUGGAGCUGCAGGCGGGCGUCCAGGCCGAACUGGAUAUUGAGCUGUUCCGCGAGGCAUUGAACCGUGCCGGCGGCGCCAACUACGGCACUGGCAUCCGGGAUAAUUGAAGAGCCGCUCUUCACGGUGAAUCAAUAAUCUACUUCUUAAUUUUUUUUGUGCACCUCUUCAAUUGCUGACUUAAUCCUGCUUUUUUUUACUUAAUUAUUAUGAAUUAAUUUUAUGCGAUCUUAAAAUAUUUA